CGUAUGAUGAGCGACAUCGUGGAGCGGUUACCUCACAGCAGCAUAACAGCGUCGUUAAUUGCUGUGGUUUUAUUAUUAGGAAUUUUUGUCCUUUGCGGUGGGAGAGUUGGGCAAAAAUUCCCGAGGAGACGAGGACCCUGGUGCGAGACAAUUUGGAGGUCAUUUUUGAAAUGGAGGACAUAUCCCCUGAGGUCAGUGCCUACUUAGAGGAGACCUUAGCAAGCCGGUACAAAGAUUGGAAGAGCGCUAUUCACACGCAUUUUCAGCUAUGGGAAUCUCCGGAGAUUGCUUGCCUACAGGGUUGCCCACGCGAGUAUAAGGAGCGGCGAGAGGAUUGGGAGUGGCUCUGCACACAUUUUACUUCACCAAAAUUUUUGAAGAAAUCUGCUGCUGGCAAGAAAGCUCGGGACUCAAAGACACUUCUCCACCAUUCUGGUUCGAAGCCCUUUUCGUAUAGGGUUAAGGCACGACGUGAGGAGGGUUCUAAGUUCCCACAGAUUGACCUGUUCAAGCAUGUUUACGUUCAUCCCAACAAUGAGAACAGUGACCAGCUUUAUGGUGAUAUGGUGGAAAAGAGCACUGCUAUUCUCCAAGAAGCAACAUCGCAGCUUCCCCCAGACACCCCGAUCGAGGACGUCAUUGUACCCAAGGAUGCAGAUGUUCAGAUCGUGACUGAGGUCUUGGAUCAGAAGUUCGGUCGUCGUCAUGGUAAGGUUGUUCGGUGUACGGGGAAGGCGGGGGUUCGUGAAACGGGUGCCUCUUCUUCCAGAUUGUCCAUAGGAGAGGUCAAUUCCUUGAAGGAGGAAGUGACAACCCUAAGAGGUCAGGUUGCGGCCCAGGGCGACCACAUUAGGGCCCAGGACGAGAGGAUGAAUAUGAUUGUUCAGGCCUUAGCGAUGUCCGGCCUCCAAAUCCCGACGAUGCCAGCACCUAAUGUUGCUCCACCUUCGACUUCCCAGCCAUUUUGCCCAGACGAUACUGAGUAGCAUGAUGUAUUAAACUUAGAAG